AUGAUGUUUAAGAUUAAUAUCCAUCCAAAAGUAUGGAGAUUCCUAGGUUUCGUGUCAAGUGUAGUUGGAUUCGUCUGUUAUGCCUUCAGCCCCUCAUUCCGCGACCUGUUUGGACACUGGACUUUGUUCAGCAUCGUAUUGUACUCCACUCUGAGCACCAUAUUCUCCAUCUUGACGCUGUUGGUAAACAAGUGUCCCCAGUUCUCUAAGGUUUUCUUGCUGAAAGCACACGUUGGGUUUCUGGCUCUGAUGCUCACCUCUCUCUAUUCUUUUUAUGAAGACCGAAGCAAACAACAUGGGGAAGACGAAAAGGGACGAAGGAACAUGUUGAGCCUUGUCUCCUUUGCAGCAUUUGCCUUCAUGUCGGUCUGCUUGUCUAAACAAAUCCAACCAGAAUUUGAUCUGGGUAUGUCCAAUUUUUUCCUGGGAUGUCUCAUCGUCGCGGCCAUGAAAAUGAAUAUUAAGGUUGCUCUCGGUGUAUCAGCGUUGUUCUAUGUGCUCAUCACUGUUCGUUCCUGUUGGGAUUCCCAGACGGGACUGCUCAAUCUUGGCGAUACAGAACGUGAAGUCAUGCGGACUCUUGCUGAUAAUAAUGGUGACGAAGAAGACCACAUGGAAAUGCCGAGUUUAGAUAACGAUGGCCAAAAGGGAUUGGAUGCGGUUGUGGAAAUUCAAGAAGAAACUGGAUGUGACAAUAUUGAUGAAUUGGAUACAUGGUUUCAAGCUUUUCAGGGCCCAGCAAGUUUCUCCUCUCCUUUGUGA